AUGAAUAACGUUUCCCCUUUUUUGCUACAACGCGUGAUUGCUAAGGUAAGUGGUCCCAUCGAUCAGUGCACUCGUUUGCGUGAUGGAAAGAUUUUGCUUAAAACAAAAACACUAUCCCAAGCUAACAAGCUCAUAAAGCUUAAAACUCUAAAUCCCUUCAUCAAAAUUUCAAUAUCGGAACAUGAGACCCUAAACGGAAGUAAAGGUGUAGCACACUGUCCUCAGUUUAACUCCUUAUCAAGAGAUGAAAUACUUGAUGGAUUAAAAGACCAACUCGUAAUUGAUUUUAAAAGAAUCAAAACUAAAAACCCAACCAACAAUAAGUACGAAGAAGGGAAUCUUUAUAUUUUUCAUUUUUCAUCAUACGACCUUCCUAAAGAAAUUAGCGUUUGCUACGAUAACAUUAAAAUCAGGCCAUAUAUCCCCGCACCGCUACGUUGCACUACAUGUCUAAGGUUUGGACAUAUAACUGUUAAUUGCACUGCCGAAAAAAAAUGUGCCAACUGCUCCCAAACUUUCCAUAGCAACAGCGGAGAAGAUGAGAUGGAGAAAUGUAACAGACCACCUUUUUGCAUCAAUUACCAACUUAACCAUAAUGCCCUUUCAACGUCUUGCAUUAAAUACGUCCAUGAAAGAGAGGUGCAAAAAAUCAAGGCAUUAGAACGAGUCAGCAUCAAAGAAGCAAUCAAAAGACAUAGAGAACGACUACAAACCUCGACAUCUCCACCUACCACCACCAUCAAAAAUCAAAAUUGCCAAUGCCGCUGCACCUGUAAGGCAAAAGAGAAAGAAACAACACCUAAAGUCUCCCAGAAAAACAAUACAACAACAACACUUGCAGAACAACCAAAUAAUGUAGAAACAAACAAACGUGUGAAAGAAGCAGAAUCUGCGUCAUCAUUAUCAACAUCAUCAUCGAAUGACCAACCACCCAUUAAAAUCAUUGACACAGGAAGAGAGAGAAUUUCUAUUCUUCCAACUAAGCUAAGUACACGAAAGAAAAGAGAACUUAAAAAACAAAAUAAAACCGACAAAAAUAAUAAGAUGGAAGUAAGCAGCUUAUCCAGUUUAAAUCUAAGCGAUCAUGAGUAA